UUUCAGGUGAUUUCGCCAUGUCAGGCUUAUCUCACGCCGGCCGCCAGGUUGCACGUAUUGCAGUUCGACAAGCAUCGUCUCACUCUCAUGACUCCCACGCCGUCUGGAAAGAAAUCAACAGACUCGGAAGUGAGGGAAAAUGGGAUAAUGUGAACAACAUGCCAAAAAUGUUUUUGUUUGGUGAAGCCAAGCAGGAGACGACAGCUGCUUAUCGUGCAAUUAACAAAGACCCCGACUUCUUCCGUCAAUCUCCAUAUGGUCAAUAUUUGAAAAUUGUGUGGCGAUUGGCUCUUCUUUUCGGAAUCAUCAAAGCCGGAACUGUUGUCUACGAUUUUGCCGUUCCAGAAGAGCAGCGACUCAAGUACAAGUACCGUAAUCACGGACAUCACGGUCACGACGAUGCCCAUGACUAAAUUUCUGAUUCACCACCGUCCGAACGUCUUCUUUUUGCAUAGGAAGAAAGAGCCCAUUUUAGUGUAUUUGUAAUCAUUAUCAUUAUCACAAAAAGAUUUUUCUUGUAAAAAAUGUCUUCCCAUAAACAUUCACAACAUUGC